CGGUCAGAUACACGCGGCGAGGAUGUGCGGGAUCUUCGCAAUAUUGAUGUCCACCAUGGACGAAUCGACUCUGCGGGCCAGGGCACUGGAACUCUCCAAGAGGUGAGUGAGGCAAGACCAGAUGAAGCACACAUUUCCUCCACGGACAGAGAUCUCACCUGCCUGUGUAUCCAUCUGCUUUGCUGCGGCAGGAUCCGGCACAGAGGGCCUGACUGGUGCAGUCAACGCACAGCAAGCAACACACAGAUCAAUCAAUCACACAGCACCGUCAGUCACACUCCGUGUGUGUGUUGUGCAGGAGUGGGAUUCACGUGCAGUCUGGGAAGAACGGGACGCUGAAUGCCAUCUGCCACGAGCGGCUGUCCAUCGUGGACCCGUUCUCGGGCAAACAGCCGCUCUUCGACGUCACCGGCAAAGGUGAGUGAGGAAGAGUCAGUCACCCAGAUAGAUAAGAUCAGACAUCAAUCACCUCACAGCCGUAGACGUCCGUCUGGUCCUGAUGCGUGUGCUGCUGUGGGUGUGUGUUGGUCCUGCAGUAUGUGUGUCUGUGAACGGCGAGAUCUACAACCACAUGGAGCUCAGGAAGGAGCUCGACGAAGAGACCGUCAGCCACUUUCGCACCCAGUCGGAUUGCGAGCCCAUCGCACAUCUCUACAAGAGAUUCGGGGUACGCUCAGCUCAACACAAUCUUCCCGUUGCUGCUGCCCCUCUGCACAACAGAGACUGUGUGUAUGGUCUAUUGUGUUGCUGUGCUGCUACUCAGGAGUCGUUCGUGGCCAAGCUGGAUGGCAUGUUCGCCUUCAUUGUGAGCGACGCGGCCACGGGAGAGUUCAUGGCGGCGAGGGACCCGCUGGGCAUCUGCCCCCUCUACAUCGGCCAUGGACCCGACGGAUCUGUCAUGUUCGGCUCGGAGAUGAAAGGUGGGUGGGUCGGUGGACCGAUGGUCGGUCGGUACGUGACAGACAGCUCUGUACGUGUGGGUGUGGGUGUGCAGUGAUGUGGGAUGCGUGCAACCAUUUCGAGGUCUUCCCCCCCGGGCACAUCUACUCGUCAAAGCUGGGGGGGUUCAAACGGUGAGCGACCGAGUAAGCACCGACCGUCCCACCCGUGAUGGCCUGCCUCUCUCUCUCUCUCUCUGUGUGUGUGUGUGUGUGUGUUCCCAGGUGGUACCAUCCCUCAUGGUUUCCUGAGGACUCGCCCAUCCCCACUGCCCCGCUCGACCUCGACAAGCUCAAAGACGCACUCGAAAAGGCAGUCGAGAAGAGACUCAUGGUGACUUCGCUGCGACAAACAAAUGCCCGUGCUGUCUGACCACCUGCCUGCAUAUGAGUGUGUGUGAGUGUGUCAGUCUGACGUGCCCUUUGGCGUGCUGCUGUCUGGCGGGCUCGACUCGUCCCUUGUCGCGUCCAUCGCCAGCAGGAUCCUGGACCGCCAGCGUGCGCAGCAGGCGAGUUCGAAGGAGUACCAGUCCAAGGCAUGGUUCCCAAGACUGCACUCCUUCUCCAUCGGCUUGCCGGACUCGCCUGACCUCGCUGCCGCUCAAAAAGUGGCUGGUGAGUGAAUGACGUCAGGUGUCCGUCAGGGGGGCAGGAGUGAGUCGUGUGUGGUGUAGAUUUCCUGGGCACUGUUCAUCAUGGGUUCACCUUCGAGCUGCAGGAGGGGCUCGACUCACUCAAGGUGAUGCACUUGCCGUGCCAGAAUUGAGGCGCAACAAACAGGGCAACUGUCCAUCGUGUGUGUGGUGUGAGUGCAGGACGUGAUAUAUCACCUGGAGACCUAUGACGUGACGACCAUUCGCGCCUCCACGCCCAUGUACUUCCUGGCCAGGAAGAUCAAAUCAAUGGGCGUCAAGAUGGUCCUCUCAGGUCAGCUCACUGAGCUGACAAACACCCUCGCAAUCGCAAUCGCACCCACCCACACGCACUCCCAUCCCACAGAUAGAUGUGCUUUGUGUGUGCGUCGUGCAGGUGAAGGAGCUGACGAGGUGUUUGGCGGCUACCUCUACUUCCACAAGGCGCCCAACAGAGAGGAGCUGCACCGAGUGAGUGCAUACCCAGAUGGAUGGUCGGGGGGGGGGGGCCCGGGGGGCACCUGAGAAUGUCGAUGUGUGGUUACAGGAGACGCAGAGGAAGCUGAAGUUGUUGCACAUGUACGACUUGCUCCGCGCCAACAAGAGCACGCAGGCGUGGGGGCUCGAGGCGAGAGUACCCUUCCUCGACAAGGCGAGCACUCACACACACACAUCCACACACACACACACACAGACAUUCCUGACUGACAGGUGGGCGCCCCUCUCUCUCUCCCUCUGUUCGUGUGAUUAUCGACAGGAGUUUCUGGAGGUGGCGAUGCAUUUCGAUCCGCAGGAGAAAAUGUGCGUGCCGGGCAAGCGUAUCGAGAAGUGGCCCAUCCGCGCCGCAUUCGCGGAGGGCAACUACCUCCCAGACGACAUUCUCUGGAGGCAAAAGGAACAGUUCUCAGGUCGGGAUAUGCACCAAGCAAAUCUAUGAUAGGUCGACGUGGACUGAGUGCAUUGGUCGGCUGUGUGUGUGUGUCUUAUUGGUGUGUAGAUGGCGUUGGAUACAGCUGGAUUGACGGUUUGAAGGACUAUGCGGAGAAGCAGAUCAGCGACCACCAGUUCCAGGGGGCCAGGUUCCAGUUCCCGUAUAACACACCACAGACAAAGGUACCUAGGUACCUACCUUGCCACGGGCCUGCCUGCACACAUGGCUUACACAUCGAUGGAUGGAUGGAUGGAUGUGUGUGUGUGUGUGUGUGUGCCCUCAGGAGGCGUAUCUGUUUCGGCAGAUAUUCCACUCCUUCUUCCCGCAGCACAGCGCCACACAAACGGUAGGCGGAGGACACGUGGUCUUACACACACGCACAAGAGCCCAUCCAUCCAUCCAUCCACCAGGUGCCCGGGGGCCCCUCUAUCGCCUGCUCCACGCCCGCAGCCAUCCUGUGGGACCAGUCUUUCAGGUACGUCAUCGGAUGCACUGCACUGCACUGCAAGCACCGGCACAUCAUAGCACACAGGCCAUUGGUCCAUGUGUGUCGGUGUGUGUCUGUGUCUGUCUGUGUGUGUGGUCGGCAGUGCCAACGCGGAUGCGUCGGGCCGCGCUAUGCUGGGUGUGCACCUCCAGUCCAAGGAAUUCGACGACGCCAAGAAGGCGUCGGCCACAUCGGCCGCAGCGGACCAGACACAGAAAGGGCAGCCGAUGACCAACGGGACCCCAGCUGCUGCUGCUGCCGUCCACACGUAGUGAGUGAAUGCCAUCGUCGACGGAUGGAUGGAUGGCCCAGGAUGGGUGUGUUUUAUUUCCUUGUUGGUUCUUCGUGUCACUCACGUAAUUUCGUGUAGUGGAUGGCUGGCUCAUGGGAGCAAGGCCGACUUUUUGCCGGCACGGACAUAUGCCUGUAGGCGGCCUGCGCGCCUCUGCUUGAGUGUGCGUUGCUUUGUGAGUGAGGGGGAUCGUUCCAGCAGAAUUGCAUUCUGACUGGUGCGAUGGUCGACAGACAGACAGACAGACAGACAGGUAUGUCUGCAGGAUUUUUCGGCCACUGGUGAACUCGCUUUGACUAUGUGAAGAUGUGAUCGC